UUCUGGACGGCUCCUCGCUUUGUUCUCUUCCCCACCCAGCGGCGCUGGAGGAUAAUGGGUCCCAGAGCCCCUCUGCGUGCCAAGCUGCUCAGGGUGGACCGCGCCACUUCCGCUUCUGUCUGGAAAUGCAGCCGGGCUUUCAGCUCAGAGGCGGGGCCGGGAGGCUUCUCUGCAGUCGGGUGGAGGAGGCACAGCCCCCCAAAGGGGAGUCAGCCUGGUGAGCGAAGCGGGGCAGAGCAGAUGGAGGCUCGGAAUGCAGUGGCUCCAGCGCCGCCCCAAAAUUACCUCUUCCGAAGCCUCCUCUAGAGCUGUAGAAAGGAGAGCAAAUCCCUUGGCUCCAAAAUGACAUCUGGAGACGCGAAGACAAGCCGCAAGAAUGCCUACCCGCCUGCCAAAGGGCUGUCCCCGCGGGCACAGGAGGCCGAGGCCGAGGCCGAGGACUACUGCACACCCGGCGCCUUCGAGCUGGAGCGGCUCUUCUGGAAGGGCAGCCCCCAGUACACCCACGUCAACGAGGUCUGGCCCCGGCUCCACAUCGGUGACGAGGCGACGGCGCUGGACCGCUACGGGCUGCAGAAGGCGGGCUUCACGCACGUGCUGAACGCCGCGCACGGCCGCUGGAAUGUGGACACCGGGCCCGACUACUACCGCGACAUGGACAUCGAGUACCACGGCGUCGAGGCGGACGACGUCCCCACCUUCGACCUCAGCAUCUUCUUCUAUUCCGCGGCCGCCUUCAUUGACUCCGCGCUCCGGGAUGACCGCAAUAAGAUCCUGGUUCACUGCGCCAUGGGCCGCAGCCGCUCGGCGACCCUGGUCCUGGCCUACCUGAUGAUCCACAGGAGUAUGACCCUCGUCGAUGCCAUCCAGCAAGUGGCCAGGAACCGCUGCGUCCUGCCCAACAGGGGCUUCCUGAAGCAGCUCCGAGAACUGGACAAGCAGCUGGUGCAGCAGAGGCGACAGCCCCGGGGCGGGGACGGCGAGGAGAGGCUGUAGGGCACAGACUUGUGACGAGGGGGACAGCUGAGAAGGGCGCCGGCCUGUGACUGAGAAGGGGCCGUGAAACCAAAGGUUGAUUUUCUUCCAAGCUUGCUAAUCUUGCCAGCGUGUGCCAGGGACGGGGAGGGCUCAGAGCCGCCUGCCGGAUGCGUCCUGGACUCUGUCACGGCGCCAUGGCUAGACAGCCCCAGCGGAGCUGGCCGCAGAGGACUCCUCUGCAGAAAAUCCCCUGAGUUUUAAGGUGCGGCAGAGGCGGAUUUGAAAAUGUGUGGGCAUUGUGUUGUGAUUAAAUGCUUGCCUUUGUCAUGA